CGUCAUCACUGUGCACCCUCAGAAGGAAAACACGGAAUGCUCCAGAAGGAAAGCAGCAGAGUGAUAAAAUAAACCAACAUUCAGACAUUAGGAGCGGUUUUUUACUCCGCUUCAGGGUCUCGGCGGGAUAUUUCUGUGCGCGAAGUCUACCAGGGACAGUAACAGGUUAAGCUAUCUCGCUGCCGCAGAGGAAGAUGACACAAGACCCCUCAGCUCUGAGAGAAGAGGGGAAUAGCCUGUUUAAAAGCGGAGAUGUCCAAGGAGCCCUCAGCUGCUAUACCAAAGCUCUGAAAUUGAGCGAUAAUGACUCAGAGAAUGCUGUGCUCUUCCGCAACCGCUCUGCCUGCUACCUCAAACUGGAGGAGUACAGCAAGGCUGAGGCAGAUGCCACCAAAGCUCUUGACACUGACCAAGGGGACAUCAAGGCCCGAUUCCGCAGAGCUCAGGCUUUACACAAGCUUGGCCGACUGGAUCAAGCCUUCCUGGAUGCCCAGAAAUGUGCACAGCUGGAGCCCAAGAAUAAAGCAUUCCAGGAGUUACUCAGACAGCUGAGUGUUCAGAUCCAACAGAAGGCUGUUCAGCUCUCUUCCACAGACUCCAGAGUUCAGCAGAUGUUUAAACUCCUGUUGGAUACCUCUGCUCAAGAAUCGGACAGACUGAAGGCUGCUCAGAACCUGGUGGUGCUGUCCCGUGAAGAUGCAGGUGCUGAGCAGAUCUUUAGAAACGAUGGUGUAAAGCUUCUGCAGAAUCUGCUGGACUCUCGUCAGGAAGAUAUUGUCCUUUCAGCUCUCAGGACACUGGUUGGUCUGUGCACAGGACAUCAGUCAAGGACAAUGGCCAUAGUAAAUGAGCUGGGGAUGGACAGGCUGUGUGGGGUCAUGGGCUCUGGGGCCUCUGCUGUAUCUCUGGCUGCCUGUCACCUGCUUCAAGUGAUGUUCGAGGCUCUCACUGAGGGCAUGAAGAAGGAUUUCAGAGGAAAAGAUGAGGCUAUACUGCCAGAGCCUUCCCGUGAGCUGCGUUCCAUGCUGCGCCACCUUAUCGACAUGCUUCCUGCAUCAAGCGUGUCUGGACCCGGACGUGACAGUGCAAUCAACCUUCUGGUCAAACAGGUGCCCAGGAAAUCUCAAAAAAACCCUGACAACUCCCUUACCCUGUGGGUCAUCGACAAUGGGAUCAAAAAGAUUCUUGAAGUGUCAGGAACGGUUCCUGAGAUCACAGACGGGCCAACGCUGACUGACAACACCCCCAUGAACUGUGCUGUGCUGCUCAACAAGCUGUAUGAUGAUCUGAAGAGUGACAAAGAGAGGGAGAACUUCAACAAACUGUGUGAAGAAUAUGUCCAGCACCACUUUGAAGGCUCAGGAUUGGAGAAUAAACUGCGUGCAAUACAGACUGUUUCGGUCCUUCUGCAGGGCCCUAGUGAUGUUGGCAACCGCACUCUGGAGAUGUCUGGCAUCAUGGAAGCUGUCAUUUCUCUGUGCGCCUCUGAGAAUAUCACCCACCAACAGGUGGCAGUAGAGACACUAAUCCAUGCUGCAGGCAAGGCAAAGAGAGCCUCCUUUAUCACAGCCAAUGGAGUGGCACUGCUGAAGGACCUUUAUAAGAAGAGUGAAAAUGAGCAGAUAAGAGUGCGAGCUCUUGUGGGACUGUGUAAACUUGGAUCAGCAGGAGGCACAGAUUUCAGCAUGAAGCAGUUUGCAGAAGGGUCAACGCUCAAACUCGCCAAACAGUGCAGGAAGUGGCUGUGUAAUGAUUCUCUUCCUCAGACCUCCCGCCGCUGGGCUAUUGAAGGUCUAGCCUACCUCACCUUUGAUGCUGAUGUGAAGGAGGACUUGGUGGGUGAUAAGAAUGCUCUUCAGGCCAUGUUUCAGCUGGCUAAGUCUGAGGAUAAGACUGUAUUGUUUGCCAUUGGAUCUACUUUGGUAAACUGUACCAACAGUUAUGAAGUGGAGAAGCCGGAUCCGCAGCUGGUGGAACUGGCCAAAUAUGCCAAACAGCAUGUACCUGAAGAGCAUCCAAAGGAUGCAAAAUCUUUUGUGGAGAAGCGGCUGGUCAAGCUGUUGGAGGCCGGGGUGGUGUCAGCACUGGUGUGUAUGGUCAAACAAGAAAGCCCUGCACUCACUGAGACAUGCAGAGAAUGCAUUGCCAGAGUGUUCCUGGCUCUGGUAGAGCGGCAGGAGGACAGAGGAACAGUAGUGGCACAAGGAGGAGGAAAAGCCUUGUUACCUCUGGUGUCAGACAGCACAGAUGUGGGCAAGAUCAAAGCAGCACAAGCACUGGCCAAGAUCACAAUCACCUCCAACCCUGAGAUUGCCUUUCCUGGAGAGAGAGUUUAUGAGGUGGUGCGUCCCCUGGUCAGUCUCUUGGCUCUGGAAUGUUCUCUCCUGCAGAACUUUGAGGCUCUGAUGGCUCUCACUAACCUGGCUGGCAUUAGUGAUAGACUUAGACAGAAGAUCAUUAAGGAGAAAGCGGUGCCUAAAAUAGAGGGCUACAUGUUUGAGGAGCAUGACCUUGUGCGAGCAGCAGCUACCGAGUGCAUGUGUAACUUGGUCUUAAGCCCUGAGGUACAGAAGCUUUACCUGGCAACAGACAGUGACCGAUUGAAACUCUUGGUGUUAUAUUGUGGUGAGGAUGAUGAGAGGCUAAGGAAGGCUGCAGCAGGAACUCUGGCAGUGCUGACUGGAGAAAUGCCAGAGGUGUGUGCUCGGAUCCCCGACGUGACCAGUCAUUGGCUAGAGAUCCUGCAAGCUCUGCUGCUGAGUGAGAGUCAGGACCUGCGGCACCGUGGUGUGGUCAUCACUCUGAACAUGAUGCAAGCAGAUAGGAGUCUGGCUGAGAAGCUGAUGGAAAGCGAGGCGCUGGAGAUCCUCUCUGUUCUGGCUAAAACAGCUGAUGCCAACCAGGCCUCGGUCAUCAAAGCAUCCCAGCACUGCCUGGACCUGGCUAUGGAAUAUGGACUCAUUAGGAACAAUGAGGGGGGAGCUAAUGAAAGUUCUGCACCAUAAUUAGAAGGACCAACCGUGCAUACAACUCUCACUACAUGUCUUAAAGCGACCAUUUGCAAUAUUUUUAUUUAAUGUGUGAGUUCCUGUGUGAGUCUUAUCAUUAUCAGCUGUAUCAGUGUUUGUAACCUAAUACUGUAUACUAAAGUUUGAAUAAUAGAGGAAUUGACAUAUUAAGAGCAAUUCCAAGAGCAAGAGGGCACACUCUUUGUUUACUAUUGGAUUUGAUUUACUGUUGAAACAUUGAAUCAAUGACUUAAAAUAGGUAACAUUUUUCAUUCCCAACAAAUUUUAAAAGACCAAAUAUUCAUUCACUACCCCACCAUUCCUUUACUUGCACUUGUUUUUUUUUGUUUUUUUUUUAGCACUGUACUUUUGCAUUCCAUUGUGUCUUUUACAUUCUCGAAUAAGCUGAUGACCAUUCAUGAUGAUAUGGCACAUGUAUUGCAUUUCAGUCACAUAGAAACUGUUGUCAGAAUGUUUUAAUAUGUUAUUUUAAAUGUUAAUGAAAGACUUUCAGCACCCAUUUAUUUUUAUCUAUUACAUAGUUUCUACAUUUUUAUUCACUUCCUCAGUGGGUAAAAGAUUGCACUUGGUGCCUUGGCAGGUAUUUAUUUGCUGCAGAUUUGAUGCAGUUUUUGUACUGUUGAUAGAUUACUAUGCAUCCAAAGAUGAAUAAAUGCAGUGUGCAAGUCA